UUUAAUUCUGAACAAAAUGAGAUAAUUAAGACUACGCGAAGCUGCAAAUGAAUAAAACUGCGAGAAUCGACCGGCGGCUGCUGGCAGUCAAAGGUUGUGGAAAGAGAGAACACUGCGCAGCUAAAAUACUGUAACUCGCUAUGACCUCCACCGUUGUCCUCUCCUCACCUCCCAUGACCAUCCCCUCCCCACCAAAUUUAAACCCACAAAUUCAAGUGCAAUCAAGACCCAUUUUAUACAACCUCGUACUGGAAACUGGGUCUCUCAAAUCUUGCAAGAAUCUUCAAGAGAUUAAACAACUACAUGGACAGUUCACAAAACAUGGACUAAUAGGUGACGCCGCUGUGCUAACGAAGCUCAUUGACAAGUAUUCGCAAUUGGGGUCUUCUGAAAGCUUAGAGUAUGCCCAAAAAGCCUUCAAGAUAUUCAAGAACAUCAGGGAGGAUUGCCGUAGUAGGAUAAUUUACCUGUAUAAUUCUUUGAUAAGAGGGAGUUCCUCGGUUGGAGCUUUUGAUGAAGCCGUUUUGCUGUAUGUGGAUAUGUUGUUUGAGGGUGUUGCGCCUGAUAACUAUACCUAUCCAUUUGUUUUGAGUGCUUGUGCAAAAGGCUUGAGGCUUUCUGAGGGAGUACAACUUCAUGGUUCUCUUGUGAAGAUGGGCUUUCAUAGUGAUAUUUUUGUGCUGAAUUCUUUGAUAUAUUGUUAUGGAGAGUAUGGAGAAAUUGAUAGAGCGAGAAAAGUGUUUGAUGAAAUGUGUGAGAGAAAUGUAGUGUCAUGGACUAGUUUGAUUUGCGGGUAUGCCCGGAGAGAGAGCCAUAAAGAGGCUGUUUCUCUAUUUUUUAAAAUGGUAGAAGAGGGAAUUGAGCCCAAUGAAGUUACCAUGGUGAGUGUGAUUUCGGCUUGUGCGAAGUUGGGGGAUAUGGAUUGGGGGGAGAGAGUUUUGGAUUAUGUGGAGAAGUCAGGGAUAACAAUCAAUACUGUCAUGGUAAAUGCACUUGUUGACAUGUAUAUGAAAUGUGGAGCUGCUGAGAAGGCGAGGCGACUUUUUGAUGGAUGUGUUGAUAGAAAUUUGGUUCUUUACAAUACACUCAUGUCUAAUUAUGUAAAGUUGGGGAAGGUGAGAGAUGCACUUGAUAUAUUUUGUGAAAUCCUUGAUGGAGGAGCUAAACCGGAUAGAGUUACUAUGUUGUCAGUAAUCACAUCCUCAGCUGAACUAGGUAAUUUUCGCUUGGGGAUGCAAUGUCAUGCAUAUGUCUUAAGGAAUGGGCUUGAGAGUUGGGACAACAUUGGCAAUUCACUUAUUGAUAUGUAUACCAAGUCGGGCAAGCAAGAAUGGGCUUUCAGAGUCUUUGAUCAAAUGUCCAACAAGACUGUUGUUUCAUGGAAUUCUCUACUCGCAGGUUUCGCCAGAAAUGGUGAUGUGGAGUCAGCUCAAGGAUUGUUCAAUGAGAUGCCAGAAAAGGAUAUUGUGUCUUGGAAUACAAUGAUUGGUGCUUUGGUCCAACAAAGUUUCUUUAGAGAUGCAAUUGAGCUGUUCCACUCCAUGCAGAAUGAAGGGAUAAUGGUAGACGAGGUCACAAUGGUGAGUGUUGCAUCAGCCUGCGGCUAUUUAGGAGCUCUGGAUCUGGCAAAAUGGACUUACAAUUACAUUAAGAAAUAUGAAAUUCACUGUAACAUGCGGCUUAAUACAGCUCUUGUCGACAUGUUUGCUAGGUGUGGGGACCCUCAAAGUGCAUUAAAAGUUUUCAGCACAAUGAAAGAGAGGGAUGUCUCAGCUUGGACAGCAGCAAUUGGGGCAAUGGCCAUGGAAGGUAAUGGGGAACGAGCGCUUGAGCUUUUCCAUGAGAUGCUCGGCCAAGGGGUUGUGCCUGAUGAAGUAGUUUUCUCUGGAGUAUUGACAGCGUGUAGCCAUGCAGGUUUAGUUAAGCAAGGAAUGCAAAUAUUUAACAGUAUGAAAGAGCACGGAAUCACUCCGCAUAUUAUCCACUAUGGUUGUGUUGUUGAUUUACUAGGCCGGGCAGGUUUGUUGGAUGAAGCUCUUGAUUUCAUCAAUACCAUGCCUAUGGAGCCUAAUGGUGCCAUUUGGGGUGCUUUUUUAGCUGCUUGUAGAAUACACGAGAACGAAAAGAUGGCAACUUGUGCAGCCGAGCUGAUAACCAAAUCUGCCAAGGACAAAACAGGAGUCCACGUUCUCCUAUCGAACAUAUAUGCUUCUGCAGCCAAAUGGGAUGAUGUUGCAAAGGUGAGGAUGCAGAUGAAAGAAAAAGGUAUGAAGAAAACUCCUGGUUCAAGCUCAAUUGAGGUAAAUGGAGUGGUCCAUGAGUUCACUUCUGGAGAUGAAUCUCAUCCAGAGAAUGCACUCACUGCCUCGAUGCUUCAGGAGAUAAACUGCAGACUCAAACAUGCAGGCUAUGUUCCUGAUUUAACGAAUGUUUUGCUCGACAUUGAUGAACAAGAGAAAGACUUUUUGCUCAAUCGACAUAGUGAGAAGCUAGCCAUUGCCUUCGGCCUUGUCUCUUCUAGUCAGGGAAUGCCCAUACGAGUUGUUAAGAAUCUGCGGAUGUGCUCAGAUUGCCAUUCAUUUGCAAAGAUGGUGUCAAGAGUGUACGACAGGGAGAUAGUUAUUCGAGAUAACAACAGGUUUCACUUUUUCUGGCAAGGCUCAUGUUCUUGUCGUGAUUACUGGUAAUAUAACCGAAGUAUCUGGGCCUAGAUUUUACCAAUGACAACAGUGAUGCUAUCAGCAUAUCAUCCCUCUUCUUGUGUCAGAUGUAUAUACCAUUCUUUUCAUCCUCAGUGAUGUAAAAUAUAUGUUAAUUUGUUGUUGGA